CACGCCCCCCAGGCCACCCCAUAAAAGGCGAAAGCUCCUGCGGCGGGCCACAGCCUGACUUCUGCGAACCGACUGUCGCUCUCUUCUCCUUGGCCAUUCGCGCCACCAUGGAUCUCUCUGCCAUCUACGAGAGCCUCCUGUCGAUGAGUCCUGACCUGCCAUCCGACCAAGGAGGAACUGAGUCCUCCGGAGGACUUUGGAACAUAAACUCGGACUCCAUCCCGUCUGGGGUCUCCUCUCGCCUGACUGGCCGCUCCACUAGCCUGGUGGAGGGCCGAAGCUGUGGCUGGGUACCCCCACCCCCUGGUUUCGCACCCUUGGCUCCCCGCCCAGGCCCUGAGCUGUCACCCUCACCUACUUCGCCUACCGCAACUCCCACCACCUCCUCUCGGUACAAGACGGAGCUCUGUCGGACCUACUCAGAGAGCGGGCGUUGUCGCUACGGGGCCAAGUGCCAGUUUGCCCACGGCCUGGGUGAACUGCGCCAAGCCAAUCGCCACCCCAAGUACAAAACGGAACUGUGCCACAAGUUCUACCUCCAGGGCCGCUGCCCCUAUGGCUCUCGAUGCCACUUCAUCCACAACCCCACCGAGGACCUGGCUCUCCCUGGCCAGCCCCACGUGCUGCGACAAAGCAUCAGCUUCUCAGGCUUGCCCUCAGGCCGCAGAACCUCACCACCACCUCCAGGCUUUCCUGGCCCUUCCCUGUCCUCUUGUUCCUUUUCCCCUUCCAGCUCCCCACCGCCGCCUGGGGACCUUCCACUUUCCCCGUCUGCCUUCUCUGCUGCCCCUGGAACCCCUGUGACUCGAAGAGACCCUAUCCCAACCUGUUGCCCCUCCUGCCGAAGAUCUACUACCCCUAGCACCAUCUGGGGGCCCUUGGGUGGCCUGGCUCGGAGCCCGUCAGCACACUCUCUGGGAUCCGAUCCUGACGAUUAUGCCAGCAGCGGCAGCAGCCUGGGUGGGUCAGACUCACCUGUCUUUGAGGCGGGGGUGUUUGGGCCUCCCCAGACCCCUGCACCCCCAAGGCGUCUCCCCAUCUUCAAUCGCAUCUCUGUCUCUGAGUGACAAGUGCCUACCCAGUAUGGACCAGCUAGAUCUCAAAGAGAGGGAGGGGACUGCUUGUUGCUGGGGAGACCUGGGGGACUCCUCUAAGUUAAUAAGCCCCUUCUGGACAUUCCAAGAUGCAUUAACCCAUUCCCCUGGUGCUGGGCUGGGGCAGGUCCCUAGUUUGCAAGUUCAGUGUUUGGGUGGAUCGGUUUCUAGGGUACCUAGAAUGUAGCAUGUUUGAGGGAGACAGUUGACAGUUGGUCUUCCAGGCCCCAAGUCUUCUGUUUUUGAGAUAGGAGCUUAUUAUGCGAUACCCCAGGCUGGCUUUGAACUCAGUAUAAAAUCCUGCCUUAGCCUUUCCAAGUUCUGGGGUUACAGGUAUGCACAGUCCCUCUGCAACUCUGGUCUCCUGGAAUCUUAAGUGCUGUGAAGAGCCGGCUCCCACAAUACUAUCCUAAUUUUUACUAGACCCCCCCCCCCCGAAGUUCAGUGUCCGGUGGUUGAAGCCUUUCCUGAAAAUCCUGGUGCUCAAAUUUCCCUCCCAAAGCAAAUAGCCAAAAGCCAUUGCCAAAUCCCUUCUCCCCCAACCAAUGGGCCCUUUAUUUAUGACGACUUUAUUUAUUGUAAUAAGAUUUUAUAGUAUUUAUAUAUAUUGGGUCGUCUACUCCGUUUUUCUUUUUGUAAUGUUAAAAACUGAUACUGUAUUAAGUAUAUACGAUAAUAUAUUAAGUAAUAUAUUGUUACCGUACAAGUCUAUUUUUGUGGGGUUUUUUGGAAUUUUUAAAUAAAAUCUUGAGUGUGAACUGA